AUGUCUUACGAUCGUUAUUUAGCAAUAUGUAAACCCCUCCAUUAUACAAUAAUUAUGCAUGGCAGGUUCUGUCUCCAGCUAGCAGCUGGGUCUUGGGUGAGCAGGUUACUGGCUAGUUCCAUAGUAACUGGAAUGAUUUUACAAUUAACUUUCUGUGGCCCCAGUGAAAUUGAUCAUUUUUUUUGCAAUUUCAACCCGUUGCUGAACAUCUCGUGCAGUGACACCCACCUUGUGGAACUUUUGUCUUCCACACUGUCCUUUAUAUUCACUCUGCCCCCAUUUCUACUCACUGUGACAUCCUAUGUCUGUAUAAUUGUUGCCAUCCUGCAAAUCCCUUCGCCAACUAGGAGGCAAAAGGCCUUCUCCACCUGCUCCUCUCACCUCAUCGUGGUGACAAUUUUCUAUUGGACCAUCACUAUUGUGUAUGUGUUGUCAAAAAAUGAUACACUGAGAGACCUGAACAAAGUGUUUUCUCUCCUUUACACAGUCCUGACCCCCUUGGUCAAUCCCCUCAUUUACAGCCUGAGAAACAAAGAGACCAAGGAGGCCCUGAGGAAAGCUCUUGGUAAAUUUAUGGAUUUCAGAAGAAUUCAGGCCAUCCAAGCUAAUUUGUGUAAGAUAAAUCAAAAUGGAGAGAAUCUGGAUACAAGCAUAGCAAUCUGGAUUGCCCCUCUUGAUGGACUAUUAACUCAUGCCAGGGGAAAGAGAAGCAGUUCCGCAGAAUGA